AUGAGAACUAUCCCGGAAGAUGAGAAAGUUUUCUUAGGAGGGGCCUUUGACGGACAUAUAGGCAGAGAUGCAGGCAACUAUAACUCGGUACAUGGAGGAUUUGGUUUGGGGGCAAGGAACGAGAGUGGGGGGAAUUUGUUGGAAGAUGCUCACCCAACACAGGCUUUUAGUACUGGUUUUCAGGAUGAGGAAGAAAAUCGUAGAGAAGAAGGUCGGGUCCUAGGGAAAGAUCAUGUGGGGGAGACUCAAAGGGGAUAUGGUCACAACCCUGUCAAGCAAGAUAAGUUUAUUGGGCUUCCAAGUCAGUCAGAGGAUGCGAAUGAAAUGUGGGUGAACAUGGCAAAAACCAUUAGAAUAAUGGCAAAAGAGACCUUGGGGGUGUUGUUGGGUAAACCAAAAGUGCUCAAAGAGUCGUGGUGGUGGAACGAUGAGGUGAAAAAGAAGAUAAAGGAUAAAAACAAGAGAUUUAAGGAUCUUAUAGCAUGCAUGGAAGAUGAGGAUAGGAUAGAAAAGAGAGUGAGCUAUAAAGAAGCAAAGCGGGUGGCAAAGAAAGCGGUAACGGAGGCAAAAAAUCGUGGUUAUGAGGACUUGUAUCAAAAGCUUGACACCAAAGAGGGGGAGAAGCAGAUUUUUAAGUUGGCAAGGACCAGAUUUUCGACUAACAUUCAAACACCCGGUGGGGAUAACAGAGCCUUUUCUGUUUAA